AUGGCAGCUUAUGGAACUCUGCUUUCUCUUACAAACACCAUUGACCAAAUCCUGAAUCACCCCCGCCCACCCAUUUCCCUCGACAAACAACAAAUCAAACCUCUGAUAGAAAAAGUUGCUUUCUUGCAAGUUUUUCUUGAAAAUUAUAUUAUUGAUGAUGAAGAUGGGUUGGAGGGGCGUAUGGUCGAUGCGGCUCAUGAGGCAGAGGAUAUAAUAGAGAGCCACAUUGCCGAUCAUUUUGAGAAUGAAUAUGAAGACUCUUUGUAUCGAUACAUACAGAAAAUGAUGGUGGAAUCCGAUGCGUCUCACGAGGCAGAGGAUAACGAGGCUCGUGGGGAAGCUAACAUCAGUUCCAAGGAUGACAACGAGUCUUUGUAUGGAGAGCUACAGAAAGUGAUUCACCACUUUGAUUCCAUCACAAAAGACGUACAUAAGAAGGCGUGGAAAAAAAUUGCUCCUUCUGAUGACGCCAUGCUGGGUUCUGAUGUUGUCGUGAACGACAUCAUGGAUAAGAUCAACGGUCCUUCUAAUUCAACGGGGGACGAGAGUUUCAUGAACGACAUCAUGGAUAAGCUGACCAAUCAACAAUCUAGCCGUUGGAUCAUAGCGAUUACUGGCAUGGGCGGCAUUGGUAAGACCACUCUUGCAAAAAGAAUUUACGAAAAUCCACUUGUUGUAGAACAAUUUGAUAUUCGCGGAUGGGCUACAGUCUCUCAAGAAUUUGAUUCGAAAAGGAUUUUGUUACAAGUCCUUGACUGUUUGAAAAAAACUAUGGGGAGUGAAGAAAGUGAAUAUGAAGAAUUAGGACAAAAACUGUAUCAGAGCUUAUACGGCCGACGGUAUCUGAUUGUGAUGGAUGACAUUUGGGGUACGGACGCAUGGGAUGGGGUGAAGCGCUUCUUUCCAAAAAACAACGGCGGGAGCAGAGUAUUGAUAACCACUAGGGCACCGAAUGUGGCUUGUCAACUGGAUGGCACAGAGUACUUUCAGAUGAGGUUUCUGAAUCAGAAUGAAAGUUGGAAUCUACUGCGUAGGUGCGUGUUUGGGGAGCAAGGGUGCCCUCUGGAACUCGAAGAGAUUGGGGAGGACAUUGCCAGAAAGUGCAGAGGCCUUCCAUUGUCAAUUGUCAUGAUUGGAGGACUCUUAGCAAAGUCUGAGCAAACACACGAAAAGUGGCAACGUGUGGCAGAAAAUUUAAGCUCGAUCGUGAAUUUAGGGGAGGACGAGCAUUGCUUUAGAAUACUAAAGUUGAGCUACAAUCAACUUCCGGUCCACCUCAAGCCGUGUUUUCUCUACAUGGGCAUAUUCCCGGAGGACGACUGGAUUCCUGCCAACACGCUCAUCCGUCUAUGGGUUGCUGAAGGAUUUGUGAAACCGGUGGGUGGUAAAAGCAUGGAAACAACUGCUCGAGUAGUGCACCUACAUGAUCUCGUCAUCAGAAACCUAAUCAUGGUUCGUACGUUGGGCCCUAGUCGAAGAAUAAAGUGCUGCGGCAUCCACGAUCUCCUAAGAGACCUAUGCAUAAAAGAAGCCGAGAAAUAUAAAUUCUUUCGCAGCAUGGAAACAACAAUAAUGCACAACAACCCUGAGCAAAUUAGUUGGCGCGCCCAACGCCGUAUCGCCAUUCACGAAGCUGGGAAAUACAUUCCAUGUCAACUCCCUAAAGCCGUGCGAUCCGCAUCACGAGCGCGAACUUUGAUAUGGAACGUUGAUAGACGUUUACCAUCUGUAGUUCCGUUAAGAUUGCUCAGGGUUCUGAAUCAAUACACUAGAUAUACAAUUGAUGGACCGGAUGGGGAGGGCAAAGUUCGGCUCGAAGACCAUUUUCAUCUGGUCAACUUGCGCCACCUGGUCAUCAAAGCUAAUCUGCCCGAGCUUGAAUUUCCUCCAGAAUUUUACCUACUCUGGAAUUUACAGACGAUAAUAAUUUAUGUGAUCUUGCCUGAUGAUAGCAUGACAUUGGUGUUGGACAUCUGGCGGAUGCCCCAAUUGAGGCACGUCAGUGUAAACAGGCUCCACCUCACGGAUCCUCCUCCGCCUCCUGUGGAAGAAUUCAAAAAUGGUUGUAUGGUGUUAGAGAAUCUGGAGACGCUCAAGAGUGUACGUAACUUGAGAUUGGGUAAGGAAUUGGUUGAGAGAAUCCCCAAUAUCAGGAACCUGGGAUUGAGCUUCCAAAAAGAAGAGGAGGAAUUAUCACUCGGUGAUUAUGGUGUCAACAAUCUCUCCCAACUACAUAAGCUGGAGCACCUUUUUUUCACUUCACAUCUCUCUCGACGAAUUGAGGUGACGACGUUCCCGAUUUCGCUCAGGAAGCUGUUUCUACGUGGCCUGAGGCUUGGGUGGGAGGAGAUGGGGACAAAGAUAGGGUCGUUGCCAUAUCUCGAGUACCUCGAUCUAUACAUGAAUGCGUUCGUGGGGCCCGAGUGGGAAACAGCCGAUGGAGGAUUCCGGAGCCUGAAAUACUUGAGAAUCUACGGCUGCAAUGAUCUUGAACAGUGGAAGGCGGAGGCCACGCACUUUCCGUGUCUGGAGCAGCUCGAUCUGUGUUAUCUAGACAAGCUCAAGGAGAUUCCAUUGGAAAUUGGAGAUAUACCCACGCUUAGGAAGAUCUACUUUGAUGAAUGUUCGGACACUGUCGUGCUUUCUGCAUAUAAGAUAUUAGAGGAACAAGAAGGAUGUCUUGGGGAGACCAACCUUAAAAUUGAUGUUCGUUAUGGAGAAAGUUACGAACUCAUAGAUGGGAAACUUACCGUAACGCGUAGUGGGGACAUUUCAAAUAAUUCCUCAUACGCAUAG